CGCGGAUAGCGCGGCGACCCCGCCUCCCGGCCGUGCGCCGCCACAGGCGGGGCCGCGCAGGCGUGUCACAGCGGGACUGAUUUGGGAAUCUCAUCACUGCUCUCUUCAUUCAGGCCCAGAGCUGCUUCUUCUGCUGCACUUACCCUGAAGAUCAACCCUGAGCAUGCUGAGAUUCGGGCAGCACCUCAUCAAGCCCUCGGUGGUGUUCCUGAGGACGGAGCUGUGCUUUGCCCUGGUGAACCGCAGGCCGGUGGUGCCUGGACAUGUCCUUGUUUGUCCCCUGCGGCCGGUGGAGCGUUUCCGUGACCUGCGUCCCGAGGAAGUGGCUGAUUUGUUCCAUACGGCACAAAGGGUCGGGAACGUGGUGGAGAAACAUUUCUGUGGCACUUCGCUCACCUUUUCCAUCCAGGAUGGCCCUGAAGCUGGACAAACAGUGAAGCAUGUUCAUGUCCAUGUGCUGCCAAGGAGGGCUGGAGACUUCAGCAGGAAUGAUGAUGUCUACGAGGAGUUGCAGCGACACGACAAAGAUGAUUCCCCUGACAAGUGGAGGACAGAAGAAGAAAUGGCAGCUGAAGCAGAAAUUCUGAAGAAGUAUUUCCAGGAAAAUUAGAGGUAACAAAGUGUUUGGAACACAUCCUAUGACACCAGAAAGUCCCCAGAAAGAAUCACCUCAUUCUCCAGUUCUCAGUGGCCCUGCAGCUGCAGCUCGACAAUUUUAUUAUGUUCUACAAAUAUGGGAUUCUUCCAUGAAAAAUUUUAUUGGACCUUUGGAUAUCAUCAAGGUUGAAUUCCAGCUAAGACAACUCAACAGCACUGGUUCAAAAUAUUGCUCUGAAUUGUAACUCAUAUUUUUCUGAAUUGUGUACUUGGGAAUGAAUCUUUUUAAAUUGUCCCUUGGCCUAAAUAGAAAUAAAGUACCAGGAAAUCUGGUA